AUGGAAGUAGUUGAAAUCUACAAUAGAGCUGAAGAACAGAGAAGAAUAAUUGGUUCUUCGUCAUCCCAGUUGAAUUUAGGUCUUGGUGGAAAAAAUGAGAGUGAUAAUUAUUACUCUAUUUCUGUUAGGGUAGUUGCAGAAGAUGCUGAUACUCAUACAGUGAAUUACACAGAGGCAUACGAGUCUUCAGCAUUCAAAAAGUUUGUGACACAUUGCAGUUCGCAUGUUGCAGAGACAUGCAGUGAAAUUGAAGCAGUGCAAAAGGAAGAUGGUGAAAAAACCGGAGCAUAUGGGUUAGGGCUUUGUCUUUUGGAUUCUAUGAAGAGUUGUUUGGUGGAGCAUGGAGCCUCUCUUGAGGAAACAACUCCUACAAACCAAAAAGAUUCGUCGGAAGAUACCCGACUAUUCAAGCCACCACCCAUAAAUGGCUAUCCGGUGCCGUUACCACCACCCAUAAAAUUCACAACUGAUACUGUGAAAGUCAUAGCGAAACCUCCUAGUCUUGCUCUAAUCCAACCUCAUCCACUCUCCAUUGAAACUCUCAAAUUCCAAGCUGUCUUGAGAACCUGCAGCCAUGUCAGUUCACGCACGUGUUUCACUCAUCCUGAUGUUGUUACAUUAUCACCUUGUCUCGUUACAUCUCUCAAUCAAUGUGUAUAUCCGGAUGAUACCUGGUGAGGCAGGUUUUCGCCAUAAAUAAUUCUGGGAAGAACUUGCGUUGUCAUGUUAUACUAAUAAACCAACAAUUACAAGCAUUCUCCAUCAUAUAUAUAUAUAUAUAAUAGUCACUUUUCCUUAACUCAA